AUGUCGGCGUACUACCAGCCGUACUACGAUCCACUCGCCCAAACUGUCCGUCCCACCAUGGUCACCGGCUAUGGCCUACCGAAUCUGCCUGCCGGAUACCAGCUGCCUGGAAAUGUCCCCGUCCCCAUACAGCCAUAUCCAACUACCGACCCCGGUAGGGAACGUCGCAGCACCGUUCUCAACGACUUCCGCAAUCGCCAGAGGAACAGGCAACAGUUCACACUCAGUCAGAUAUAUGGCCAUAUCGUUGAGUUCAGCGGAGACCAGCAAGGUUCCAGGUUCGUGCAGAGCCAGAUCGACACCGCCAACAGUGACGAAAAGGACCGAAUCUUCCGAGAGAUCGAGCCGAACGCAGUUCAGCUCAUGAAAGACUUGUUUGGCAACUAUGUUAUCCAGAAGUUCUUUGAUCAUGGCAGCCAGGUGCAGAAGAGCAUCCUUGCCGACAAGAUGAAGGGCAGAAUGGUGGACAUGUCGAUGCAGAUGUACUCCUGCCGGGUGGUUCAGAAGGCAAUGGACCAUAUCCUCGUCAACCAGCAAGCGGAACUUGUCCAGGAGUUGCAGCCUAGGAUUAUCGAGGUGAUCAAGGACGAACACGGGAACCAUGUUGUUCAGAAGAUCAUUCAGCUGGUACCCAGGGAACACAUUGACUUCAUCAUGGAUGUUUUCAAGGGCCGUGUGAGAGAAUUUGCCUCUCACAACUACGGAUGCCGCGUCAUUCAGAGAAUUCUCGAAUAUGGUUCGGAGGAAGACAAGCUCACAUUUCUGGAAGAGCUGCACAACUCAUGGAAGUUUCUGUUCAACGACCAGUUCGGCAAUUACGUGGCUCAACACAUCCUCGACAAGGGUGAGGCCAAGGACCGGGAUCGGAUUUAUACGAUGGUCAUGUCCCAAAUCUUGACUCUGUCGAGACAGAAGCAAGCAUCAAAUGUGGUUGAAAAGUGCAUCCACACCUGUACUCCUCAACAGCGAUCCGAGAUCUACAAGGUGAUGACCACAGUGUGUGAGGACGGAUCAAUGCCACUGCAGCAGCUGAUGUCUGAUCAAUUUGGAAAUUAUGUGAUUCGUAAGUUCACACGCCCUAGAAAAUGUCAGUGUAUUCUAACCAUGCGCAGAGAAACUUUUGUUUACAGCCGACCCUGCAGAGAAGGAAGCGCUCAGGGACAAGGUCCGACCUAUGCUCGAUGA